AAUCGAAUGGAUAGCUUGCACAAAAAAACAAACGUGAAUCAGUCUUGAGUAAAAAGCAAAAGAAACGAAAAAUCGUAGUUGAAGUUGUCACCCCAUCACUUAUCGAGAUAUCAUUAUAUUUUAAUCGACAAGUGUUUAACUGAUAUGUGAAAAAAAGUACAACUGGGUAGUAUAUAAAGGAAGUUUCUAACUGCAGUCGCAUAAUUGCAAUAUCCAUUGCAACUGGUGAUACCAAGAGUUUGUGACUACGAAACAAGCGUCUUACAAAGUCAAAAUGAAAGCUACAUUUGCAGUAGCAUUUGCUGCUGUCUUCGUGACCUUUGCUUAUGGCACCAGAAGGGUUCAUUGCCCACCAGAAAAUGAUGUGGAUGUUACUCUACUUCCAAAUCCAGACGAUUGCACCUCUUACUACUCUUGCAACCAGGGCAUAGCAUGGCCAAUGUAUUGCCCUGGCCGUCUUCAUUUCAACGCUGAAUUAAGAGUUUGCGAUUCACCCGAACACGCAAAAUGCGCAUCGCCAAGUUUAAACAUCGCCGCGGAAAAACAUCGACCCACACCCCCAGGAACCCGACCCACACCCCCAGGAACACGACCACCACGUCCAGGAACACGACCACCUCGUCCAGGAACACGACCACCACGUCCAGGAACACGACCACCACACACAACAGUACCAUCCACAACAGUACCACCCACAACAGUACCACCCACAACAGUACCACCCACAACAGAACUACCUACAACAGCAUGGCCUACAGCAGUACCACCCACGACCGUGUAACAACUCCAAAUCCAAAAGCAUAUUUCUAACAUAAUUUUAGAUAUUAUGUGUAUAUGAGCAUAAUUCGAUUACAAUUCUUAUUAUUGGUACUACACCGUCUUUAAUAAAAUGUUCUAAUAAAUUCGA